CAGAUUGAAGGAUGUAAAUAUUGUCUGUUUGGUUUGUUUUACGGCUAGAAACUAGCUUGUAAGUAAAACUGAAACAGCUUAAUGGGAAAUCCCGAAAUUAACUGCUGUUUAGGUAACAAAGUUGUCAAGACGACAAAGUUUCACACACGUAGAUUUGUUAUUUAGAGUUUUUAGUUGGCAUUACUUUGAUAUUAAUAUAGAAUUGAAAUUAUGCCUUCAAGAAUUCAGGUCAAGCUUGUUACAGAGCACAAGAAAUAUUUGGAACAACAGAUACAAUUACUGGAACCUGUUAUAGGAGAUAUGAAAAAUGUUGUAGCAAAAAGUAAGGCGUGGCUAGAAGAAAAAACUGACCAAUCAUCUGUCAGCUACAUCGAGCUAUCACAAGAACUGGACACAGCAGCCACGGCCUUGUUGGAUGUGACGUCACAUAUUUUAAACGAGGACAACUUGGAUGUCAACAAACCAACGCCAUCUUUACCACAGCCUGACACACAGACAACAGCCACAUUUCUAACAGUAGAAUCAACAAGACAACUCAUCACACAAGUUCAACAUACAGCUGUUGAAGAACAUCCUGACCUAGAGCGUAGACUCGCCUAUAUUGAAACAACACUAUCUUCACUACAGGACACACAACACAAGUCUACAGAUGACAUAUCAGAAAUAAAACAAUGGAGAGACAACUUUGUAACAGAACAGAGUGACAUGGGGGUAAACAUUGAACAACUGACUAAAAAACAAAAGCAGAAUGUUAAAAACCUCAGAAAACAAAUGAGUGAACAAGAUAACAAAGUAAAGGAGCUGAACAAAGAAAUUGAAAGUUUAAAAGAAAAAGAAUCCAAUUCAAACAAAACACUAGAGAAACUGUCUCUAGAUAUGAAGGAAAAUGAAAACAACUUACACAAAAUAAGUAAAGAGAUGCAAGAUCACAGAGAUAAAACAGACAUAAUCGCACAUACAAUUAAAAGACAUUCUAAUCUGAUUUGUUCUUUACAAGAAGAAUUAAAAAAUAAUGAGGCUUAUACAGAUAAGAGUAAUGACAUAUUGGCAAAGAUAGGAAUAAUAGAAAAAGAUAUCUUGACAUUGGUGACUGAUUUUAAACUACUUGAGACCCGUGUAUGUCAGCAUUACACCUGUCAAAUUCACCUUGAAAAUGACACACCUGUAACCACUGGAUUAAUUAUUUCUACAUUCUCUGUGCUGAGGGAACAUAACGGCAACCAUUUUAAUGAAACAACAGGAAAACUUGAAGCACCAGAUGAUGGUUUAUAUCUGGUUAUUGUGACGUUAGUAGCCGGUGGAAAUAAUCCAAUUUUGGUUAAAGUAGCAGUCGGAGAACUAAAAUAUAAAACUAUUUAUGUGAAACCUGACAAUAUUUCUGCUUGCGGAUCAACUGUAGUUCCGUUGAAGAAAGGUCAAGAACUAUAUUUUAAAGUUCAACAAUCAGGACCAGGAUCUUUCCUGCAAAAAGGAAGCGGUUUCACUAUUUUAAGAAUUUAGCUGAAAGAUUAAAUAUAGUUGUAUUUGUAAACCAAAAAUUUAAAAUCAAAAUACAAUUUUUAAUUUUAGUUGAAUAUUACCUUAAGGGUACAUUCUCGCUAUGAGCUUAUAAUUAAAUUCAUACACUGAAGAGGUAGCGGCGUGGCUAUGCGAUAGAGUAAAAGGCUGUUAACUCGAAAGUCUCAAGAUAGAAUCUUGGUCCAGGCUAGUAGUGCGUACCUUAGCCUCAUUAGCUCUGAUGUCUGCCUAACUCUUUAAUUAAAACUUUUUUUUAUAUGCCGAGGUGAAGAAACAUAAGAACUCUAUUUCAUCUGCCAAAUGGAUCGUUAGGUAUGAAGAGGAUUAUUUACUUUAUACACUGGAGAUAACAUGAUUUUUUAUAACUCUACCUAGCAUUAAUUUUACUGCAUAUAAUAUUAAGACUGUAUAUUUGUAAUAUUAUUAAAUCAUAAAUAUUAU